CCUCAUGAGACAUUUCCUAACUAAUAUGGACACCACAGUCCCUGACAAACUGACCCGAUUGUGUCCAUGUCAACGUGCAACUCGACACUGCUGUGUCGCUGUGUGAGGGAGCUGAUCACUCAAGUGUGCCAGUCUCCCGGGUUGAAGCCUGCCUGCUGCACCAUGAGGGCUAAAGCUUCAGACAUGCACAGCAAGGACUGUGUCAAAGUGGCUGUCAGAGUAAGACCGUUCAACAAGAGAGAGAGGGACGCAGGUAGCCGAAGUAUUGUCUCCAUGGUGUCGAGCUCCAUCACCAUCCAGGACCCGCGUGAAUCCCAGAACCGUCGUUCGUUUAGUUUCGACUACGCCUACUGGUCCCACAGCGGCUUUACACGAGACCCCGGCGGCCUUUACGUACCCGAAGAACCCGGGGGAAGAUACGCCGACCAGGACAGUGUGUUCCAGGACCUGGGAGAGGGAAUACUGGAGAAUGCACUGCAGGGUUACAAUGCCACACUGUUGGCCUAUGGGCAGACCGGCUCAGGGAAGAGUUACUCGAUGGUGGGCUAUGGGCCUAACAAAGGCCUGGUUCCUAAACUCUGUGACCGACUGUUUGAGGCCAUUAGAGAGAACCAGGAUACCAGACAGUGUCAGGUCUUUUUCAGCAUGUUGGAAAUCUAUAAUGAGCAGGUGGUUGACCUGUUGUCACGGGGGCCUCGUAAUCCAGGGGGGCUCAGAGUCAGAGAGGAGCAGCAAAGAGGCUUCUAUGUUGAAGGUCUCCGAACAGUCCCGUGUGACAGCGCGCCACAGGUGGAGCAGUUAAUGGAACAAGGGACCAGGACCCGAACCACUGCUGCCACUCACAUGAAUGUCAAUAGCAGUCGCUCGCACAUGCUCAUUAUCCUCCAGCUCAAACAGAUCUUUUCAAAAGAGAGCAUCACGAAGCAGUCCAACAUCAACUUGGUGGACUUGGCCGGCAGUGAGCGUCAGCGGUCAUCAGGGUCGGAGGCUGACAGACUCAAAGAGGGCACAGCCAUCAACCUGAGCCUCACCACCCUGGGCAAUGUUAUCAGCUCCCUCGCUGAUGUGGCCGUGGGGAAGAAAGUCAUUCACAUACCGUACAGAGACUCAGUUCUCACCAAGCUGCUGCAGUCCGCCCUGGGAGGCAACAGUCGCACUGUCAUGAUUGCCACACUGAGCCCUGCUGAUAUCUGCUAUGAGGAGUCUCUCUCAACCCUGCGCUAUGCUGAGAGGGCAAAGCGUAUCCAGAACCGAGCGGUGGUGAACGAGAGCCCCACUGAGCGUCUGGUUAAGGAGCUAAAGGCCGAGAACGCCAGAUUGCUGCAACGACUGAGCCGACUGGGCCAGGAGGGACGCAGAGCUAACAACGAGACCAAGGAACUUCGUCAGCUGCUGACCCACAAUGAGCUCCAGAUCAGAGCCAUUCAGACUCUAUGGGAACAACACCUUCAGGAGGCGCUGAAGGACUGGGAGCAACAGUAUGCUAACAUAACACAGGAGAGGAGGAUGAUGCAGAUGCAUCCCUACAUCCUGAACAUCAAUGAGGACGCUCAGCUGUCGGGGGUGGUCAAGCUUUUCAUUCAGGAGGGUGAAUGGGAUAUUGGCCUGUGUGACUAUUCCCAGAGAUCCAUCUCUAUCAAGGGCUUAGGGAUCCAGCAGCGUCACGCUGUGUUCAGGAAUGAACAGCGCCGGGUAACACUGACCCCGCUGGCAGGGUCAAAAGUCAUUGUCAAUGGCAAUGCUGUCUUCCAGACAACUGAGCUGCAGCACCUGGACCGUCUCAUUCUGGGCUCUAACUGCACCUAUCUGUUUAUUGGUUAUCCCUCUGAGAGGGGCGGUGAUGACUGGAGCCGCUACGACUACGACUACUUUCAGUCUGAACUCGCAGCUGCUGAGGGCAUCCACCUGGGUGAGUCGAGUACUGGGCCCAGUCAGACAGAUCCAAGUCUGCUGGCCGUCUUCUACGACUACAUCAAAUUGAUGCCCAUGGUGGCCGAGGCCAACCAGAUGAGCCAGGAACUGAACAAGGGGGUGGAGUUUAAGUUGGAGAUCAAGAAUCUGGCGCUGUCGGAUUCAAAAGGACAUGAUCUGGAGAAGGAGAUUGCUGUCAGAGUCACCUGUAUGGGAAAACAGGUAUGGAUGUGGUCCAAGGCCAAGUUUGUGAACCGCAAAUUCCUGAUGGAAGAAGCCUACCAGCAGCAUCAGGCUGAGAAGAGCGGAGAUAAAGUAGAGGGGCUGUCUACAGCUGCGUUACCCAGAGAUAAAGACCCAUUCUGGGAUCCUGUGGAGCCUCUGCUUCUGGGCACUGCUCACCUCUGGCUUCAGUCUCUGGCCUUCCGCAUCCCUUUGGAAGAGCAACUUGAGGUGCUGGGGUCAGAGGGCACCGAGGAGGCCAUUCUACAAGCACAGCUGGUCCCCUGCACCUUCACAGGACUCCCACUGGGUGAGGAUGACAUUCUGAUCGACCCGUCUGAGUUACUGGGGAGACGACUGGACUUCCAGCUGGUCCUGGAACAGUGUUGUGGCCUCCGCUGGAUCAGAGAGGCCCGCAACAGAGGGGUCCAGAUCGGUUUCAGGUUAUUUGACAGCAGCCAGCCUCUGUACUCUCCGGCUGUGUGGCACAAUGUCAAUCCACUGCUGGAUCAUAGAGUUCACUUCGCCUCCCUCCACACCUCCCAACGCCUGUUAGACUACCUGCAGUGCAGCGCUUUAGUGCUGGAGCUCUGGGGCCUUCAAGAGGGUUGUACUGACCUCAUGUCAUCUCUGGAGGGAGUAAGGAUGACUACAGAGGGCAUCUUUAUCAUCGAGGAGGCGAGCCCAACACACACUGCACCUGUAGACUCUGCAGAGCCCAGCUGCUCAGUGAGAGUUCUUCAACAGGACUUGGAGGAACUGAAGAGUGUUAAUACUUCACUGAGAAAGGAAAAUCAUAAUUUGAGAGAACAACUCAAUGCAGCCAGGAAUGGUGGCGAUAGUGUGCGUGGUCGGUCGGUGCGUCCCAGCUGUGAUGCAGAGUUUGCUCGCUCUCUCAAGGUUUUCUACCACAGCAUGACCUCAGCCAGGGCUCAGCUGCAGCGCCUGCGCAGACACAGGCCCAGCGAGGAGUCCGACCUGCUGGGGCUCAGGCUGUUUGUGGACGAGCAGAGUCGUCUGCUGAGGGAUUUCUCCGAGCAGCUGGAACAGAGCGUCUCCACUCUCAAACAAGAUGUAGCAGCCAUCGUCCGCCGGAAACGAGAGCGAUCCGGAAUCUGGUCAUGACUGAGUAACCGUAACUGAUUUUCACAAAAAGUAAUAAGAAGGGGAUUGUCUCUGGUCAUUCUUUUACAACGCUGCAGAUAUUUCACAUGUAAAGUGUGUGUUUGUGUGUGUGUGUGUGUGUGUAUGUGGGGGGGGGGGGGGGGGGUUAAGAUACUGCCAUUUUAAGUAGCUGUUCCUAAGAGCUUUAUUGUGUUAAUUCCAAAACCACAUUAUGGCAUUGGUAAAAAA